AUGGCCGGGGCGGCUGUUGAUACAAAUUGUGCGGAAGAAGGUCACCAGACUCCAUCCAAAAGUCAAAACAAGGUUGAUGUCCUGUUGAAGCCUGUUGGAAACGCACCAUGUGUACGAAAGUCUAAGUGGAAGGUAGCCAGAUCGGAUACCCUGUCGAAGAUGGUGAAUUCUUUGUUUGCACUUCUCCGUCUUGAUCCUCAAGAAGAGAGUAUUUUUAUCUUUGUCUUAUCUAGUUUUGCUCCCCCUUUGGAUACCGAAAUAGAGUGUAAAAUACUGAAGGACUUUUUGUUCACUGCGAUUAGCGUCAAUCUGUUUCAGAUGAAGGCUUACCCUCCUCAGGCCUUCAAAUCUGCCUUCGUAUUUGGUACGCCCGCUAUGAUUUUGCUGGCUCGGAGUGUCCGAAAAUACGUUAUGGAAAUACUCAAUUCCCUUCAGCUAUCAGAAGUUGGUCAACAGGAGCUUGUUCUACGCUACCACCACUCAGAAAACGGCGGUUGUUGUGAUGUUAUCUUCCGCUUUCGGUGUCUUGCUUUCCGCCCCGACACUUACCUAAACCUGGAUUUUUGGAAAGAAGCCCUUGGGUCAGCGCUGGGCCGACUUUGGUUACGACCCCCACCAAUCUUUCACGAUGUUCGCAAAGGUGUCUCAUGGGCUCUCAUGGUUCGAAAUUGGCUUCAGCCGUCUAGUGCGUGCCAUAAGGCUGCAAGCGGUUGUGUCAAAGAUCCUUCGAAAACUUAUUGUGCUCAUACCAUUCUUUUCUUCAGUCUUACCCCCAGUCCACGUCUGCCAUGA